AUGAUAAAAUUUUGUCUAUUCCAGGAUUAUGUCAGUCCGCUCCGUAGAAAUGAAAAACUUUCGUGGAAGCGAUACGGUCGAUACAUGGACAUAAAACGAAUGUUCGAGCUCAGAAUGUUCCGACUGUCGGCGCCUCCUAAUAGGACGAAAGUACAGCCGGUCGACUGCAUUCUGAAUGCGAAAUUCCAUAUAAUUCAAAGCGGACUGGCUAGCGAACUUUAUAAAAUACUAACAAGGGUGAAGAAAGCAACUGUUGACGAUAUAAUCAAGGAAAUGGAUGGCUACCCGAAGGAAGUACCUGUGGAUCUACGCAUCGAUGAACUCCUUGCAGCCCAGGACAGUCUGACAGGCGUGAUCGUGAGUGAGGACAACUGUUUCAAACUGGGGAGUGACGAGGAAUUCUUCGUGGUUACCGAUGUGGACUGA